CACAUGGCGACUCUGCUUUCUUCUUGUUGUUGUUAGUGUACUACUUGCAAGAGCGACAUCUUUCCAUAUUCCAUCUCAAACAUUAGAUAUCAGACCCACAUUCAGAAGAUCGUCUGAAAAUGAAAAUGUGAGCGAAGGACCCUGGAUUGAUGAAUGUUGUUGGCCAGAUGAUACAUGCCCCGAGCCAGACCCAACAACUCGCAUCGCUUUGGACAUUCUCGGCAGUCCCAGAAGUACAAUCAUGUGCUGGCCCAGCGUUGGUGGCAUGAUCAUCGUUGACUACAUUUCCAGCGUGGAGUUUCAGUACUUGGACCUGGACAAGCUUGAAAUAAACCAAAGAUCCUACAAUUCCACGGAGGAAGAUAACUUCUGCCGACAACUGCGAAGAACCGGCGGAAAGUGGUGGAAGAGCUAUGACGACUGGGGCUGGGCGACCCAAAUAUCUUUGCGUCGUAUGUCCCCAACUGAGAAAGAAGUACUUCACAUAGGAUGGCCGGAAACUGGAGGGGUGUGGCUGUUACGAUUCGAAAACAAGUAUCCACAAGUCGUCCGAAGAGGAACUCCAACAGAGCAAAUGUACACAGCGAUCAUUCACAACGCAACGACAAUGGAGGAACGUUGUAGAGCGAUAGAAAGAUGUGGGGGCGAAUUCUUCGAAGAUCCGCGAGACUCUCAGUACAUCAGACCGCUAUUAGAUGGUUUCGGAGAACAUGACGAGGAAGACAACGCCGAGUUUCGAAGAACGGAACGGGGAAGACCCUCAAUGGUUGUUGGAUUACAUAGCCACACUAUGAUGCCUGUUCGAAGUACCGUCAAUCUUCUGGCCAGUCUACAGAUGAGUUGCGAACAAAACCCACUCAGCUCUCAAUGUGCGGAAGAUCAAAAACCAAAGAAUGUCAGGAAGCCUUCAUGCCCUGCCAUAAAGUGCUGUAGUUGACUCGCCGCCCGACUACCAAACACCUUGACCUGCCUGAGAAUUCUGGGCAGAUGUGAGG